AUGGCGUUUCUGUUCUCCUGUUGUUAUCAGAGCUGCCCCUGGUUGGGGUUUCUUUUGUUCCGCCGAAAGACGCUGACCGCCGCCGACAUGGACCCCGAGCUCGGCGACACGGACUUUCAGCUGGAGAUGGGAAGUCUUGGCGAGGUCAAGGAAGGACAGGUGAGUGGUUUUUGGGGAGUUUUUUGAAGUGGAAAUUUUGGAGGGUACUGUAGGUUUGGGUGGGGUAACUUUGAGGGAUUUAGUCAUCAUUGCAAGUGGGAUGAUCUCAGGAUUAGAAAAGGUUUCAGCAAUUCAUUGUGAUUUAACAUACUAGUCAAAAAAAGUGCAUUACCUUUGCACCUUCCCUUUACAGUUUUUUUAACAGACAGAUUUUAGUCAUCAUUUUUGAAGAGAUGAUCUAAGUGGGUCGCAAAUUAGAUUAUGGAAAUUUGCCCUCAUUUUUAUGAAUAGAUUCUCCAGAUUUAUACAUGCAGCCUCUAAUGCAAAGAGGUCCAAAUCAAACGACCUUUUGUUUGCAGCACGUGGCCUAGGAACGGAUAAUUUAUUCAAAAACAAACAGUUGACCUCAAAAGCCGCGAAAACGAACCCUUAUGUCUUUGAAUUAUUCACCGCCCUCCUACUUGCCAUGAAAUGCAAAAAAGAUAGGCCAUGCCAAGGAUUGAAUUCUUGCUCUUUGCAAAGGCCGCAGCUCUAACAAGGGAAGUCACUUUUUUCGCAGAUCGAUCCAUACUGGUGACCUAGUGGACAGUGAAGGCCUCAGGCUGUGUAAGAAGAAUAUGGCGUCCAAAAGUGUUUACGGGCCCUGGGGGCAGAGUUAUGGCUCAUCAAAGUUCGCGCAAAAAAGGUUCCGAAAAGACCCUCCAAAAAAACGGGAUCGGAGAAGUGAGCUUCGGUAGCAGAGUGGUUCGCAGAUUUUUCUUUUGUCUGGAAGGGCCAGGGUUCGAUUCCUCUUCCCGGCAAUUAAUAAAAAUAAUAUUGUAAGAGUAGGGUAAGUUACAAAAAAAAUAUUUUAAAGUAUUUUUUGAAAAAUAUUAUUAUCCUGUCGUUAAAAAAAUGACGAUUUUGUUCAUAUCGUCACUAAAUUUAUCAUCUGCCCAGACAGCAAGCGUUUGACUCAAACGCUUCAGCAUGAUAUCACGAUCACCAAGGGCGUCUUCUAAAACAUCAGAGAUAUACAUAUUGAGAAUCCCAGCCCUACCUUUACGCCAAAGUUCCCGCAGUUUUCUCCAAUGAUACGGCGUCUUGAUCCACCGUAAUCGCCGAAUUAUUCCAGAAAUUGAAUGCGAUCCUCGGUGGAAAAAUGCCCUCGCAUCCCUCACUGUGUCCAAGCUCACAACGUCUUCCCCAAAUUUUAACGACAGGAUAAUAAUAUUUUUCAAAAAUUAUUUCAAAACAAUUUUUUUUGUAACUUACGCUACUCUUACAAUAUUAUUUUUAGUUAUUGCCGGGAAGAGGAAUCCGAACCCUGGCACGUCAAACUGAGAUAAGCUAAAACAGUCCGGUGAAUGGAUUGGGAAUUUGCCAAAAAAAGACGCGAAAAAACGUUUUGUCGGGGGAGAAAUGGGGAAUUUUUGGGGCGAGAGAGUACGUUUUUGCGCGUCUUUUUUCUCUCUUUCUCUGCGAAAUAGACGAAGUGUAAAAAACCGAUAGCGAAGAGUCUAUUCGGGUCACCGGAAUCCUCAGUUUGACGUGCCUGGCCCUUCCAGACAAAAGAAAAAUCUGCGAACCACUCUGCUACCGAAGCUCACUUUUCCGAUCCCUUUUUUUGGAGGGUCUUUUCGGAACCUUUUUUACUCGAACUUUGAUGAGCCAUAACUCUGCCCUCAGGGCCCGUAAACACUUUUGGACGCCAGAUUCUUCUUACACAGCCUGAGGCCUUCACUGUCCACUAGGUCACCAGUAUGGAUCGAUCUGCGAAAAAAGUGACUUCCCUUGUAAGUUUGAAGGCCAGAUUUUUUUCAAAGUUUUUCUGCAAAGUUCUCGAACAAUAAGAUCAUCUUGUAUGUAUUUAUUUUUAGUAUCUUUGAAGAACUGAAAAAAAAAUUUACAAAAUUCAAUUGAAUUCUGUUGGAAUUUGAGUAAUUUUCUCUUCAAAAAUUUUGUAUUGGUCCCCCCUUACAAAAUUUCGUAAUUUGUUUCAAUUUUUUCAAAUUUUGGUAAAAGUUCCUUAUUUUGGCCACAACUUAUAACUUUGCGGAAACUGGUCGGAAUUAGCCCAAAUUUAGCGUGCACGCUCAAUUCAUCGUUGUCAAUGCCCGGACAGUGGAUUUAGUUAGUGAGGUACCUUCUUUUUUACAUACCACCUUACCCUUCAAAAACGGCUGCAGCCUGUGAUUUUACACUUUAUACGAUGAAACAUGUCCGGAAUUAAACUUAUUGCCUCCAUAUGGAACUGAAUCAGUCGUCAUAGCCUCCGUAGGUACCCUUAAAACUAUAGAGCUAUUAUAGUAAUUCAGUUCCAGCUAGGUCGAAGCGUUUUUUCCUAACUUUAGUGCCCAAGCUUGGGCGUAGCUCGCGGAGUACCUUUGUUGUGGCCAAAAUAAGGAACUUUUUCCCAAAUUUUCUGAAAGCCUUGAAAACGUUCUGGGUUAAUCCAAAAAAUAAAUAAACUUCAAAUCUCUUACCUCUGAGCUUCCCCCAUAUUUACUGCUUUAAAAAGCGGGCCAAAAAGCCAGAUUUGUCAAUGCUUUUUGGCCCACCAAUCAAUCUGUCGGGAAAAUAAUGAGCACUCUGUCACAUCGAAAAUCGCAUCGCUGCCGAGGAAAUGAAUUGCAUCGCGGCAAAAUCACAUCGUUUUUUUCACUUCAACGACGCGAACGGCUUGUUAUUUUCCCGACAGCCUAAUAUUGUAGGCUUUUUGUCCUUUCUUUGCUCUUGGAUUUGUAGUUUUGACACAUUUACUUUUAUUUCUUUACAUAUGUGUAUAAAAAUAAUCUUGUAAAAAAAAUAUUUUCAAACUACAAAAAUAGUUCCUUUUGGAAUUAUCAUAAAUUGACGCAAUUUAUGAUGAUUCCCCAAAGGCAAAAUACUUGAAUUGUUAUCGUUUCCUUCCAUUCAUACGGUUAUUUUGACAUUUUUAUUCUUAUUAUUGAAAGAUGGGAGCUGCCGAUUUCACGGUUCAGAAUUUUUUUGUUUUUUUGUCGGAAAAUUAGGGCCUUGGAAGGCAGGCUGAAGAUUCAUACUCGGCUCCGUUUUGCGUUUGGUGGACUUGGCAAGGGAAUUUUGGAGGCGUUUGAAAAAAUUUUAUAGCAGAAUUUUUCUAAACUUUACUCGGCCUUUUGCUACUCGAAGCAAAAAAUAUUAAUGUGUCGGGAAAAUAAUGAGGAUUUGUCGUAGAAAAAUGCCUCGUCUCGUUGUAGUCGCGCUCCAAAUCAGCAGCCAUGGCUAGCCGUCGCAAAGCGAUGAUGAGCGAUUCCAGCAACGAAUCCACAUUUUUUUCCCGACAGACUGAUAUGGUAAAAAUAUUAUAAAAAAGCGAGCUUUGGCUAGGUUGAAAAAUCAAUCUGUCGGGAAAAAAAAUGUGGGUUCGUCGCGCCUUGAAGAAAAAACUAAAUUUAUUUUCAUUUUUUUGGCAAUUCUGGCAUUGUGUUGCAAUUUUGAAUCUUUCUCAGCGUGCUGGAGAUUUGGUGCGCGACUGGAACGAGGCGAAACAUUUUGUGGCGAAAAAUGCGCAUUAUUGUCCCACAACAGAGAAUUUUGUCAUAGCGAAGUUUCAUUCUAGAUUAGGCCUUGAACUCGAGCCCUUAUCAUGUUUUUAGGCCAUUUUUGGCAAAAAUAUAUAAACCUUUUAAAGUAUGGUGAAACAUUUUUGCAAUUCUCUCAAGAUACUUACAUAAGCAGCGUCUACUAUUAAAUCGGUCAUACCCUAUAAUCUUUUCCUUCACCUGACACUCUCCUCAUCCAUUUUCUCUCCUCCAUUUCACGUCAGACGUUCCGAGAAGCCCCGAAAAAUGGCCAAGAACGUUCAAGUUGAGCGCGGUUAAAACGCCUAUGUUUUUGCAGUAAAAAAUAAUUUCUGAUGCCUAUUACUUGUUUUGGUCUGCCCCGAAAGUCGAUUAGGUUUUAAAAUGAACUUCAAAAAAAGCUCUUAUGAAUGCCUGCCUUUUAAGGGAAUUUUAGAUGUUUUGUUUUGAGCAAUCUUUGGGGGGUUCCUUUGAAAUUUGAAAAGCAGAAAGAAAAGAUCAUUUCCGAGAACGGUCUUUGUAAAAAAAUUGAGGCGGAAGGAGCUUGGAGGAUUUUCCCAUGAGAAAUUUUGUUUUGUUUUUUCAAGUUUGAUUGUGCUCUUCUACGUGGGGUGCCGCUAUAUUAGUAUUAUCAUAAAGUGCAUGGACAUUUAUUGCGGCCCGCUCCGUGCACAAUAAAAUCUCCAUCUUGCACCGUGCAGUUCAUUUUUUUUUUUUGGUUUUUGCACUGUGCGGUGAAAUAUCGCGGCGACAAAUUCAAGUUUCAGCAACGACAUUUGUCGCGGCCCGCACCGUGCACAAAAAAAUCUACGUCUUGCACCGUGCAUUUCAAAUUUUUUUUUGGUUUUUGCGCUUGCGGUGAAAUAUCGCUGCGACGUAUUGCACAGUGCAAAACGUUUUUUUUAAGGUUUGCACAGUGCACAAAAAUGAAAAAUGCACUGUGCGUUCGCGACAAGCGCGGGAAACAGUUCAAAAAGCACUUACGAAAGGGAAAAAAUGUCCUUUGCACCGUGCAACCGGUUUUUUUUUUGAAGUUUGCACAGUGCACAAAAAUGAAAAAUGCACUGUGCGUUAGCGACAAGCGUAAGAAAAGGUUCAAAAUGGACUGUGUGGAAGGGAAAAAAUUUCCAUGCACUUUACGAAAAUACGAAUAAAAGGGCCUAAUUACCAUGUGGUCGAAGGCUAACAAAAAUUCGAAUAUUUUCGCGUGCUUUGUAGCGGGAAGCUUUAGCUCCAUUCAGAGGCAAAGUUUCACCAAAAAAAUUAUCUGUGUCCUUACGAAGAAUUUUGAACGAAAUGUCACAAGAAUCCUUUUAAGCGAAAAAUUUUUCUGUAUCAGUCUGUCGGGAAAGUAAUGUGGAUUUGUCGUGCCUUGGAAUGGCUCAUGAUCGCUCUGCAACGGCAAGCCGCACCAUGGUGGGCGACUGCGGAAAACCGAGACAUUUUUGCACUUUUGCCAAGCCACAUUAUUUUCCCGACAAACCGAUAAAUUUAUGUAGAUCUUAUAACACACCGCUUGUAGUCAUGGAAGUGCGAACCGUGAAAGCUGUUUACGGCAAGCGAAAAUGUUCAGAAAUGUUGUUUUGGGAUGCAUAAAAUAUGCGAAAUUUAUUUGCAAAGUCAGCAGACUAUUUUGGCGUGGGUCCUCGAAUUUUUAAUGUUUUUGGGACAGUCGUUGAAGAAAAGUAUAAAGUGCUGUUUUGUUUUUGAUUUCACUGAGGAGAUGCUGGAAAUGAGGCGUUCAGAUUUUGAUGAGAUUUGGCAGAAACAGCCGGUAACAUUGAUGUGCGUUAGAAUUUUACUAUGCCAUUUUUUGAGUUGAAGUAAUACUGUGGGCCAUCUUGAACCACCCUAUAAAAUAUUUUUGAAAAAUAUGUCAUGAUGACGGAAUUAUGACAAAUUUAUUGACUUGAAGAAAACGGUGUAAAACGUCCAUUCUUUUGCAACCGGCGGGCAACCACUUUGCGGGCAGUAAAAAUGAUCACGGAGAUUCUGCGGGAGUGUUUGGAAAUCAGCCAACAUUUUUUUAAUUUUAUUUUACAACAGAAAAUUCUAACGAUGAGACUUUUCAGUUAGAUGUUGCGAAUUGGUUUUCCAGGUGUAUCAAUGGCUUGAAUAAUAACCAUAGGAUUAAACAGGCAUUUUUAGACGUUCAGAAAUCAUUUUUUGGAAGACAAACUCCCAUAGCUUUGAAAGCGGUGGAUGAAUUUAAUAGAUUCGUGUUUUUAUCAAUACCGAAAAGUUGUCGACGAAAAAUUUGUAACAUACUAUAGGUAGAUUCCGGUAGAAAAAUUGUAAUUGUAAUUCUAAUCGGUAAAUUUCGGCUGCUUACGGUAUUAACAACAUUUUUAAGCCAUCUUUUUUAAACACAAUACCCCAAAGCUUUUAAAAAACGUUAGUUUAGUUAGGCUUCUACUUUUUCCCCAUUUUCAACUGCACAUUCACGUUUUCAAACACCUUUUGUGCCUACGUACGGCUCAUCCUCUAAAACAUUCGUCAUCCUUCAAGUGUUUUGGCUCAAGUGGUACUGCUUUGUCCCGAAAAAGUUGAGAAAAACUUCCUCAAAUCGGAUUACCCCCUGAAUUUUUCAACACGGAUGUCUCCUCUCUUUGUCUAUUGUUGGCGGAGAUUUUUGGCCGUUCCGCUUCAAAUGUGCCUCUAAAUAGGCGGAGGGAAUCCAAUUUUGAAACUUUUUUGGCGAACGGGAAACUGAGUAGAACUUGAGGCGGAAAACGGGGGUCUGAAUCGGAAAUCGUGCCGAUUAGAGAUUGCGAUGGCCUUGUUGUUGUUCCUGUUGGGUUCAGAGAACAUUAUAUUUGAUUCUGUAUGAAUAUAUGGGUAGGUUAUGGCAUGCUAAGCUUGGUAUACAAUAUUUUCGAGAUGAAAAGCCUUUUUUAUUAGUCUGUCGGGAAAAUAAUGAGCAUUCUGUCGCAUCGAAAAUCGCAUCGUCGCCGAGAAAAUGAGUUGUGUCGAGGAAAAAUCAAAUUGCUUUUUACUUCAGCGUCGCGAUCGGCGCAGCAACACUGUGCUCAUUAUUUUUUCGACAGACUGGUAAUGUCUUGGCCAAUUUUUUUUACCAUGUGACUAUUUGUAACGGCACAAUUGUUUUUUCUUUUGAAUGAAGCAGGAACAUCUUUAAAUAGACCACACUUUAAUCCCACGAUAUGUUGGCUCUUCCCUUAUUGGCAUAGCCGAGAUAUUCAACAAUCUUUAUCGAGGGAAGUAAAAACAAAAUGAGGAGUAACGGUCACAGAAAAGAUCCUUUUUUCACUCUCUUCUUUGUUGUUUUUUUGUUUGAUGAGCGACGAAUGCUUUAUCUUUCAAUAGACAGUUAGUUUUAACUUUUUUCUUUUUCAUUUUUUGUCUUUCCCGCUCUCCUCAAUUUCUAUAGCCACUGGCAAAGAUUGCUGAUUAUCUCAGCCGCUUUUUCAAAGGCUGAGCUAAAAUUUGCAACGAUUGAUAGUCAGUCUAUGCAUCGAAUGUAUGCCAAAUUUGGAGAAGAUCCAGCCAUUUUCCUGUGAGCUCUUGGCAUUUUUUUACUUUGGCCUCCAUUUCAAUCGCCUUUCACAAGUUGAACCAAAAAAGGUCCAAAAAACUUCUCCUACACCCUUUUGAUUCUAUUAAUCAUGUUCGAACAAACAACUUGUCGUAUGUUCUCCGAUCCCUAACCGCUUUUUCCUUCCCCCAACCCUCUUUUUGCGUCGUAUUUUGCCUUAAUUUCCCAUGCAUUGCGGCGUCGUUGAGCCGAAUUGGAAUAUAUCCAUUUCGGCGCUAACUCAUGGCCUCUCACUGAUUUGUUUGCCCUUGGCGGAUCGCAUUUCGGCCUCGAUGUGCAUGUCAACCGGCCAUUUUCGCAUUUUAAUUCCGACGUUUCGUAUAAUGGGGCCGGAAAUUUGAAUUUCCGCCAAUUUUGCAGUUUUUUUCAAACCCUCAACCUUAAUGUGUAAAACGUAAAUGGCGUAUGCGUUGUGUGCAUUAGCGGUACGUUGUGUACAUUAGCGACUAAUGCCCUGCGGGGUUUAUUGCUAUUUUUGGCGACGAUUGUAGCGUGGUUUACGAUCAGUUGGGCAUUGAUGAAAGCGGAUUGCGGAGGGGUUUUCGGAUUUGCCCGAAUACGAAAAAAGGGCUGCGAAAAGAGGAUUACGGUAACAAAAAUUUGGGGUGUUGUAAAAUUGGAAUUUUCAUAGUGACACGGAAGUACAAGCGAAAUUAGAUUUUUGAUGUCGUUUCAUUUAGCCGUUGUAUUAUACAUAAUAUAUUUAUGACAAUAUUUAUACGAUUUUUUUGGAAAAUUAAAUUUCUCAAAGGGCGAUUGACAUAUUUUCUCAAAAUUUGACCGGUAUGUUAUAGUAUGUAGUCUACAUUGCAAUCUCCAAAAAAAUUGGCUUGCAAUUUGCUGCGGCAGUCGAGAUAAGGAAGUAUCUUUCAGUCGGGAAAAAAGCUAUUUUCGCAGCAAAAUCUCUCGUCUUGUCGCAGUGAUCGGCAAAAUAUCCAGGCGCGGUCAGCCAUCACAAAAUGAUGACGGACGAUUCAAAAAAAAUGAUGUUGAAAUCCACGUUAUUUUCCCGACAGACUCAUAUUCAACGAUCUCCUGGGACAGGAAUUUUUGGCUAAUUUUCUCUUGGCUAUGCACAAGACCGGGUUCCAGUUUUGAGAUACUAACCUUUAUACUUCUUUUAUUUUUUGAUAUCAAAUUCGUCGUAAUUUUUUCGUAGGAAAACUCUUCUCAACGAAUUUUGAUAUCUCAAAUCUCUUGUUCAAACGAUGGUGGGUGGGUCUGUGAAAAAACAAAAGUUCCCACUGUGCUGUGAAAAUUUCGGCUUUUUGCACAGUGCAAUAAGCUUUACUGGUCCGUCGCUGACUUUUCUUGCAUAGUGCAUGUGGCCGAAAUCAUAACCGCGGCUUUGCCGACAUACUAGUAAUUCAAUUCACCCUUUUUUCUGACCGUCACUUGCGCAUUUACAAAUAGUUUUACCUUUAUCUCUUCAUACAACUUAUCUCUUUGGUAGUACACUCACUUUACCGGGCCAGCCCUCACUUUACUCCCUCGAAGGCAGUGUUCUCAUAUUUGCUUCGGCCUCGGAUCUAUGUGUGUUCAAGAACAAGACUUCUAUUAAAAAAUAAACUCCAACAAAGGUUACCGUUUUUUGUCUCAAAAACUUACAACUCACCUGGUUACCGAAUUUCUGUAAUCCCAUUACAUUUCACCUGGCUAAAUUUUUUUUCGCAUGGUAGACUCAACUAUUAUAUACCUAGAAGAUUUCUCACAUUUUCGCCAGACUUUUGUUAUUUUAUUAUCGCAUUAGACAAAAGAAAUUUUUCGUUUCUUACUAGUCUACACCUGAGAUUUAUUGAAUUACGCCCUUCCUUGACGAGAUUCUAUUUAUAAUUCAAAGGAGCUGAGAGGGGAAGUCCGGGAAGUCUGUGUGUCAGGAAGUCAAUUGGAGAUUUUUUUGGGAGAAAGGGCCACAAAUCGCAAAAAAAAGAUUUGUUUUUGCCAAAUUUUCUUUGAAUUCUGCUCGAAAAGAGCAAAUCUUGUAUGUAGACGUAUGAAAUGACGAAAUCUCUUGGAAUUUUCGAUUCUAAAUUUUAAAUGGAUGAAAAAAAUUUUACCUUGGUCCCCCCUUAUCAUUUUUUCAAAAAUUUUUAAAAAUCUCCAAAGUGAAACUCUCUGAUUUUUUCAAUUUUUCUCCCUGGUUGAUCCAAAUAUCAGUCUGUCGGGAAAAUAAUGUGGAUUUUUCGAGCCUUGGAAUCGACCAUUAUCGCUGGAUUUGGUGUGCGAAUGCGGCGAGGCGACACGUUUUACUGCAACAAAUCCACAUUAUUUUCCCGACAGACUGAUAUUUAGAUCAACCAGGGAGAAAUCUUUGAAAAAUCAGAGAUUUUGAUUUUGGAGAUUUUUUAAAAUUUUUGAAAAAAUGAUAAGGGGGGACCAAGGUCAGAUUUUUUAAAAUUUUUGUUUUUUUUUUAAAUCUUUUCGAUUGCCUACAUUUUUUUAAAUCUUGAACCCUCACUCUUUAUUUUAUUUUUUUUUUGAAUCUUUAUACUCCAAGACACAUGAUUUUACCUUCAAUUUAUUCCAAACACCUGUUCCUAUUUACAUUAUGCUGGUUUAAAAUUCCAGUUACAGCUUCGCUAAUGAUCUUAACGACUAGCUGGAGUCUGAAAAAACAGUUGUAAUCUAAUUUGAACUUGUAUUUAAACAAUUUUUCUCUGAGUAUUUUUUGUAUUAAAAUACGGGAUUUUCAGAUGGAAAAGUUCGAAAAUACAGAUGACCGGUCGUUGGAUGAGCUGUUUGAUCCGAAAGUUGAUCAUCUAAGGAUAUCAUCGCAAUAUAGUGAGCAGAAAAAAUUAGUGAGUUAUUCUGAUUUUAUUUUUUCUUCUAUUUUUUCAUAAUUUUUUUUUUAAUUUUUUUAAAUUUUUUAUUUUUUUAGCUAAUUAUCACAAUUAUCGAAGCGGGUGGGGAAAUGGAUGUGGCCGAGUGCAAGGAGGCUCAGGUAAGCAUUUUUUACAUUUUUUGCGAUAUAAAGUUGCGCAGAUUGGCCAUCACCCAAAAAAAUCAAAAGUCUUGGGAAAAAUGAUAGGGGCGCGACCUGCAGAGGACAUUUUAUACAAUGAAGAGCUUUUUAGUCUUGACGCUUAGGCUUAGGCUUAAUUGAAGCUUACAGGGGAAGUACUCCAAUUACGACGCUCAGAUUUUCUUUAAAUUUUGCACACACGCCGGGUAUGGACUAUAUAUCAAUUCUUGAAAGUUUUAGCUCGCGCUUUGCGGGCGCCGCCGAGAUAUCGAACGAUUUUUGCCGCCGAGAGAGCACGCUAAACGUGGAGAGCGGUCAGAGAGAAAAGCGCUUUUUGGCCAUAACUUUGGCAGUUCCGUGCGGAAAAAUUUGAUUUUUUGUAAAAACAUUAUCCUUUACGGUAGAAAUAGGCAUGAAUUUUUUCGUGCCGAAAUUCGGUAAAAAGUCCUAAAUUUUCGCCAACUUUCGAUCCACAAAUCUUGGUUGUUUCUGCAAAGCGCGAGCUAGGCUUCUCGCAUAUAUCCUAGAAAAAAAAUGUUCUAAAUUUGUGCCAAGUUUCAUCAAAAUCUGAGCGUCGCACUUGGACUACUUCCCCUGUUAGUUUAGGCUUAAUUGAAGCUUAGUUUAGCUUAGGCUUAGGCUUUCAUUUCUUGCCUGGGCCGCAGCUCGCAUUGUCUUUUCAUUUUUGGGGUGCCCAAUCUUGCACGAUAUUAAUUCUUUUUUUUUACACUAUAUUAAUUUUUCAGGUCCGAGUUGCCCUUCUAUCGGACAAAACGAUCCGAAAAAGGACCGAAUUCGAGGUCGGUCCGGUUUUCAAAUUUGCCAAAACAUUUGCCUUCAAAAUUGAACUCGGUGAGUGUUUACAAUUAUAAACCUUCUGACUAGAAAUUUCAGCUGGUCAUAGUCUUAAUUAUGCAAAUUUUUAAUGAUUUAAAAUUUAAUAUUUAAAUUUUUAGAAUAUUCAAUUUUAAAUUUCUGUUCUAAAAAUAAUAAAUCUCGGAUUUUGAAUAAUAGAUUUUUUAAUUAUUUAAAUUUUUUGAUCAUGCAAAUUUGUGAAAUUAAAAAUUUUGAAUAUGCAAAUUUGUGAAAUUAAAAAUUUUAAAUAUGCAAAUUUGUGAAAUUAAAAAUUUUGAAUAUGCAAAUUUGUGAAAUUAAAAAUUUUAAAUAUGCAAAUUUGUGAAAUUAAAAAUUUUGAAUAUGCAAAUUUGUGAAAUUAAAAAUUUUAAAUAUGCAAAUUUGUGAAAUUAAAAAUUUUGAAUAUGCAAAUUUGUAAAAUUAAAAAUUUUGAUUAUGCAAAUUUGUGAAAUUAAAAAUUUUGAAUAUGCAAAUUUUUUGCUGAUUAUUUUUUUUUGCCUGUUUAUGAACGAUCUAAUAAAUAGCCAUUAUUAAAUAUGCAAAUUUUUUUUUGGAUAUGCAAAUUUUUGAAAAAUUUAUUCCAGAUAAACUCCCAGAUGCAGUUGUCCGAAUGCGACUCUACCGAAAACGAAGGCCCAAGCGCAGUCAGCUGGUGGGGGAAUGUUUUCUGAAGGGGAAAAAAGUCGAUGGGCAAUCCAUUCAUAUCAUGAAGUUGAGACCUCCGAUCAUCUGCUCCAAAAAGGUGAGUGUAAAAUCUGUAUUAUUGAAAAAGUCUCAUCAUUUUUGAGCAAAAAAAAAUUUUUUAAAUAAAUAAAAAUUUUUAGUUUUUUGGAAAAAGUUCCUUAUUUUGGCCACAACAAGGGUAUUCUGCGAACUGCGCCCAAGCUUGGGAACUAAAGUUAAGAAAAAAGGCUUGGGCUCUAACUGGCACUGAAUUACUAUAAUAGCUCUAUAGUUUUAUGGGUACCUACGAAGGCGAUGGCGACUCAUUUAGUCCUAUACGGAGGCAAUAAGUUUAGUUCCGGACAUGUUUCAUCGUAUAAAGUGUAAAAUCGCGGGCUGCAGCCGUUUUUAAAGGGUAAGGUAGUACGUAAAAAAGAAGGUACCUCACUAACUAAAUCCACUGUCCGGGCAUUGACAACGAUGAAUUGAGCGUGCACGCUAAAUUUGGGCUAAUUCCGACCAGUUUCCGCAAAGUUAUAAGUUGUGGCCAAAAUAAGGAACUUUUACCAGUUUUUUUUCUAGUCCACCCUUGCCAUAGCUUUUUUUUGAACUUUUGCAUGGGCUUUCUUUUGAAAAAUUAAAUUUUUAUUUUUUUAGGGAAUUGAGACUGUUGCGAUGGUGGAGAAAGGUGAUAUUGCGGUCCAGGUAAUACCUUAUAUUCCAAAAAAAUAUUUUUCGAUUUUUUUACGUACGAGUCUUCUAGUUUCUAUAUUAUGACUUCUCACGCUGCACAAAAUUUUUUUAAAUUUUAGCCUUCUCUAUUUGCCAAAAGUCUGCGAAAUUCCGGGUGUUUUCGAGAUUUUUCUUCCAUUUCAGCAGACAAUUUGAAAUUUAAUCGGUAUUUUUCCGCACUAUCCGAUGACACAAACUGCGUAGGGGGGUUCGGGUUGUGACAUUCGCCUAAAAUGUCAUUUCAGAUGAUAUAAAAAUGAACAAGAAAAAAAUUAUGACCCAUUUACGGAACGAUGAUUUUUCAGAAAUUGACGAGUGAAAUCUCAACGGCUUUUGUGCCGUCGCCAAUGAAGACGCUUCCCUUAACGACGCCGAAGCCGAAUCAGUCGAUUUUGAAGAGAAUUACGGCCGCUCAUGGGAGCGAAGUCAUGAUCUCGUUGGCCUACAGCGAGGAGCAUGAGACUUUUAGAGUGGCCAUUGAGAAGACUUCGGCCAUGGAAAAACUGAAAACUGAUGAUGGAAAAAGCGUUGGUAAGAGGGUUUUGGGGGCGUCAGGAAAGAAAAUUCCGGUAUUUCGGUAAAAAAAUAUUUUUUGAUAUUUUUUUGAAUUUUUUGAUUUAAAUUUUUUUUUUUUUUUUUUUUUUUUUUUUGAAAUUAAAGGGCUUUAUCGGACUUUGAUUCAACGUUUCACUUAUUUAGAGCAGCAUUUUUUGAAAAAAAAAAUAAAAAAGAAAUCAAAAAAAAAACUUCAAAAAAUGGUCAGGGGGGACCAAGGCAAAAUUUUCGGUUGAAACGUGAAAAAAAUUCACCCCUCAGAUUUGAGUAAAACUUGGUCCAAAUUUAAACUAAGCCUUGCUAAGACAUAUUUGAGAUUUUCACCUUGCGCUUUGCAGAACUGACCGAGUUUUUUAGUGCGAAAAUUUAAAAAAAAAUAGAUUUUUUUUCGAUUUUUGGUUAAUAAUCAAAAUUUCUCUUUCAGACUGCUUUUUCCAAAUCAUUGUCCGCUCCGAUGGUGUCGAAUUGUGCAGGCAUAGGACAAAGAUGCUCAACUGUACCAGCGAAUGUGAGGUUGAUGAGUCAGUUGUUGUUCCGGUAAGUGAUAUUAUACGAGCAUUAUUUGGUGACCAUUGCUUUUAUCGUUGCUAUCUUUUCUUGAUUUGUUUUAAAAAUCAAACACCAUUUGGCUUUGCGUAUUUUAACUAUUUGUAUCCAAAUUUGUAUACAAAUUUUUUCAAAAACUCAGUCCAAAAUGGAAUGCAUUUUCCCAAAAAAUGACCUUAUGCGACGCUCAGAUUUUGAUGAAACUUGGCACGAAUUUAGAAUAAUAUUUUCUGAAAUAUAUGCGAGACUCCUAGCUCGCGCUUUGCAGAAACAACCGAGAUUUUUAGAUCGAAAAUCGGCGAAAAUUUAGGACUUUUUGCCGAAUUUCGGCACGAAAAGUUUCAUGCCUAUUUCUACCGUAAAGUAUAAUGUUUCUACAAAAAAUCAAAUCCUUCCGCACGAAACUGCCAAAGUUAUGGCCAAAAAGCGCUUUUCUCUCUGACCGCUCUCCACAUUUAGCGUGCUCUCUCGGCGGCAAAAAUCGAUCGAUAUCUCGGCGGCGCCCGCAAAGCGCGAGCUAAAACUUUCAGGAAUUGAUAUCUAGUCCGUACCCGACGUGUGUGCAAAUUUUAAAGAAAAUCUGAGCGUCGCACUUGGAGUACUUCCCCAAAAUCCAAAAAAUAAAAAAAAAAGUUCCCUUGGUCCCCCCUCACUGUUUUUUUUUCACACUCAUCGUCAAAAAAUUUUUUUUUUUUUUUUUGAAUUUUUUAUUUUCUAAACUUCCCCAUUUUCAGGCCACUCUCAAAGAGCUCCACGACAUUACCGUAAUCAUCGGCCUUUUCUGCGUUUCCGGCUUCCUGAAACGCCGCGCCCUCUUGGGUUUUAUUCGCAUGGGCGCGGACGAGAUGGAAAGUGCGGACGCGGCGGAGCAUUGGAUGGAGAUGGUCCAUGAUAUUGGGCGCUCCGUGGAGCGAUGGCACAAUCUUCGGCGGCCGAAGAAUCUAACUUUGUAA